GCUAAUUGGAUUUGGAACUUGUUGGAGUGACAAACAAUUGAAAUGCAGAAAAUGAAUAGCCUUGGAAGUAAUUCCAUUUCCAAUAGUAGUGGGAGGCUGUCAACGGAGGAGAACGACGAUGAUGAGAUUUCGAGGCUGGCAAUAUCGGCAUACCAAGCUAAAGAGGAAGAGAUCGAGAGGAAGAAGAUGGAGGUUAAGGAGAAAGUUGAACUUCAGUUGGGUCGUGCUGGGGAAGAAACUAGGCGUCUCGCGCAGAUUUGGGAAAAGCUGGAAGUGAUGGGAGAUCCCAUGAGGAAGGAACUUGCAAAUGUAAGGAAGAAAAUCGACAUGGCUAAUCGAGAGCUGAAGCCGCUGGGACUGAGCUGCCAGAAGAAGGAAAAAGAAUACAAAGAAGCCCUGGAAAGAUUCAAUGAAAAGAACAAAGAAAAGGCUCAACUUGUAACCACACUUAUGGAGCUGUUGACCGAGAGUGAGAAGCUGAGGAUGCAGAAGCUAGAGGAGCUGAGCAAGAACCAACACUCUGAAAUUUUCUAUUUCAAUUUGCAUCUUUUCCAAAAAGAUAAUUAUCAAUGUAAAAGAUUAAAGACCGAAGACGAACCUGCAUUCAAAGUUUUAUAUUAAAACACCAACGCAUGCAAUUACUAAUUUAAAUACGACACGCAUGAUUUUGCAGCUCAUAUAUUUCAUCAACAUC